UACCAAAACUGAGCGGCAAGAAAGGCAGAAGAGCAUCAGUUCACCUUCAAGCCCAUGGCACAGCACACUAGUACUCCUGAAAGCAAAAAGAGUUGGCUCAACAGCAAGCAGGAUCAUCGUCGCCACGCCACUACACCUCACUUACAUCUACUACAUGGAUCAUCGAUCUGUCCUUUUUCCUCUUUCUGCCGCCGGCUUUUCCACCGCUUUCUUCUCUCCUCUUAUCGAUGGCCGCUCCUCCCAUCCACGCUUCCUCUUCUCUUCAGUGGCCGAGCCUCAGCUAUAAUAUGGCAAGCGCCUCCUCCUCGGCCUCCUCGAGCGGUGCAGUAGACAAUACUAGUGUCAGGCUACCGGUGUCAGUCAGUCCGAGUGUCCGACUGUCAGUAGAGGGCAGAGCAAGCAACCGACAGUGUAGAUCAUGGCGCGCAACUGCAGAAUCAGCAGCCUGCCGCCGCCGUCGCUGCUCUUCUUCCUGCUCCUCACGCUCUGCACCACCACGCACUGCGAGGCGAGAGCUCUAAAGCAGAGCAAGAAGAACUCGCUGAUGAACGUGCUCUUCAAGCUCAACUUCGCCAGGGCGGUGGAGCCGACGCAGCCGCCCCCUCCCUCGUCGCUCGACGCCAGCGCUGGCAGCGACGCCGCGAGCGCGAGUGCGAGCCUCGCCGCCGUCGAUGCCCCGUUCUGCGUCAACCCUCCCGACGCUCCCCCGUCGUCGUCAUCCACGCCUCCAUUCACCUCCACGGCGCCCUCCUCCACCACUCCGUCCGUCCCGGACCAGCUGCCACCCAUCACCCCCGUCCCGCCCUCCUUCGAGCCCAGCCCGCCGGCCGAUGGCGGUGGCUCAAGUCCGGGGCUGGGCACGCCGGCGUCCACGCCCACGCCGAUCAACCCGCCGCAGUUCGCGCCGAGUCCGCCUGGGACGGCGCCGCCCAGCCCGAUCGUCGUUGUGCCGAGCCCGCCCGACCAAUUCGGCCCUGGCUCGGGCGGCGGAGGACAAGGAGGAGGCGGAGGCGGCGGGUUCAUGCCGCCGAUCAUCUACCCACCGCCGCUGGCCCCGCCGAUGGCGCCAGGGGCCGGGCAGGCGCUGUGGUGCGUGGCGAAGCCGACAGUGCCGGACCCGAUCCUCCAGGAGGCCAUGGACUACGCGUGCGGCUCCGGCGCCGAGUGCCGGUCCAUCCAGCCGUCCGGCUCCUGCUCCCAGCCGGACACCGUGCUGGCCCACGCCUCCUACGCCUUCAACAGCUACUGGCAGAUGACCCGGGCCAACGGCGGCACCUGCGACUUCGGCGGCACCGCCACCAUCGUCACCAGCGACCCAAGCUAUGACAGUUGCGCGUUCAACCUUGUAUGAAGGAGCGGAUCGAUGAGCCAAUUUUCAGCUAUCAUGAGGAGCAUCUUUUCUGUUCCAUUUGUUUCGAGGCCACACAGCACCGAAGGCUUAGUAAGGAGUAGCUGAGAUUAGUGUGAUUUUGAUUCUGGCAAGACUGCUGAUACCGUGUAAAGGCGAUUCCUUGACAUGUGCAUUAUACUGCUAGUAGCUUCUUGGGCAGGAAGAUGCUUAAUCGUGCGUGCCCCUCUUGUAACUUUAAACCUUGUCGACCAAAUUAGUUUAGUUUAA